AUGUGUAAUUGUGUGUUUCAUAGACCAUCACAUCCAUAUUGUUUCGAAGUCAUUUCACUAAAGUCGAACCUCUGGCCGUUAACCUCAUCAAGCCAUAUUUAUUUACUAUUUUUUUUUAAUGAGACAAAUCCAGAAAACAUUAUAACUACAAUGAAAAGUACUAUAAAUGUAUCACACAUAUACAUUAUAAUAGUGGACGACACUGCCUCGCAGGCUCAGUCUGUUGCACUCAUAAGUGAUGAAAUAAUAACUAUACUGAAGUGGAUCGUAUAUACCGUUGUGUGUCAGCUAGUUAACGGCUUUGGCAUAGUAACCAACAUCAUCAAUAUCGCAUGUUUUAUCAAGCAAGGUUUCAAGGACACCACAAAUAUUUGCCUAAUGG